GCCCCUUCUGUUGUAGUUUGAGCCAAACUAGCUUCGGAAUCACAGCUGAAUUUCCGGUGAAGUUAGAUUGGCUGGAAAGGAUCGGCCGAGAAUCGCUGGAGUUGACCCAGAACAUCCAGGCAGACUCACCCAUCCGUUCCAGCCCCCACUCCAGAAGACCCUGAGUGAGAAGAACUAGGAGAACCUGAUUAGCCGAGUCUCUGCUUGCAGAUUAUCAUGCUUUCUUCGGGCCAUAAAACUUAAUUUCUGACCAGGCUCUACUCAGUUUCUCUACAUUCUUGUAAGGUAGUGAAAAAAAAAAAGCUAGGGCGUGUUUUUAUUUCCAGGUUAUUUUGUCAGUGCAAAGAAAGAUCUUCUCCAAAGCACGUGGUCUUCUCCUUUCAUACUUAUCUUCCACCUGCAAGCUGUUCUGCACAGCUUCUGAAGAAAAGGGGCAACUUCUUACGUGUUUUUUAAGCACCUUCUUGGGUUUUGAAUUGUAUUGGAUGAACAGAUUCCCCGGCAACAAGGGUUAGGGUUCUGCUUCUCUGUUCCUCUAAACCCCCAUUGAUUCUUCUAUGGGGCAGAAGCUCCCUGCUCCUGCCUCUGGUGCAUGAGAAGCAUAGGAAGAAUCCCAACAGCCGCGCUCUGUUGGAUGGUCAAAUUGGGGUGCAAAUCAGAGUCCUGCAUUUUAGAGAAGAUGUUAGACUUUCAUUUUUUACCAUGUUUAAUCUCGGGGAGAUGGGAUGAUUACAUUUUCAUUUUCAUCCAUCCAUUGGAAUUUGGAUAGAUAUGGAAUGUUUGGAAUUGCCAGGAAAAAUCAGUCACAAUUCAUUAAUGCAUAAAGUCCCUUUCCUUUUAUUUAUUUAUCCUCUAUUAAACCCCAGAUUUCUGACAACUGUUUCUACAGUUUGUUCUCCACUUGCCUUAUAAUCUUUUCCAAUUUAUUGUCCUUGGAUUGUCUCACUUGACUCUCUUCAAGGCCUCCAGGACAUUGCUGGCCUGCUUUCCAUGAACAGCACGUUUCAGGCCCGCCUGCAAACGUCAUGUACUGUAAAUGGGUUGUGCCAUUUCAUGGAAAUGAGGAAUGAAGCAGGUCAAAAACUGAGGAAACUUGUGGGGUAAGAGAAUGACGAGUCUUCUCCAGACUGAAGGACAAGAAGCAGAAGCCAGGAAUAGAGGGACCGGACUGAGAUCUUGUUCUCGACGGGCCCUGACUGCGCGGAGGUGAUCCGCAUGGAAGACAGGGUGACCUCGCUCAGCCUCAGCUCCGAUCAGCUGCAGCUGCUGAGUUGCUCUCGGGACAACGCCCUCCGCCUCAUCGACUUGCGGGUGUUCGCCGUCCGGCAGGUGUUCAGGGCGGACGGAUUCAGGUGUGGGUCCGAUGGGACCAAGGCUGUGUUGAGCCCUGAUAAAAGGUACACCUUGGUUGGAUCUGUAGAUGGCACCAUUUUCCUCUGGAACACGAGGACUGGAAAGCUGGAAACCCGCCUGGCAGGAGUGCACCGGUCUUCCGUGAAUGCUGUGGCUUGGUGUCCCUUUGGGAUCCGCAUCGGGAGCGUGGACCAGUGCCGGAAAGUUGUGCUGUGGAGGUAGCAGAGGAGAAGACACGAGCUCUGUGCCUCUGUCCCUUUCUUAGACCUGCCCGCUUGUGCCUUUUGAUGUGGGUUGCUGGAUCUGAGAACGAGGACAGGCUGAUGGGGCUGAGAAGGUGGUCUUCCUUGUGCUCAGGCGGCCCCAGAUUUCUGUCUUCUUUCUUCCUUGCUAUGGGCGAAGGAUGCGAGAUGGGAAGCCUCGUCUUUGGAGAGGCCUCCAACUCUCAGCAGGUCUGCAAAGCAGAUGACGGGACCCUGCAAGGACUGAGAAAGAGCCGAGAGGUAUUUCCAAGAGUUCAGUAAAUGCUCCAUCAGUGGCAGCCCUUUGAGGUAGGCCAGCUCAGGAAUCAGACACUGCAAGGACUCCUGGAACUCUGAUGGUUGGGGCGCUUGUACCAGAAAUCUGAAAGCCUGCCAGAGUUUCCCUGGGCCCCCUGUGCAGAAUCAAGCAGGGUUAUUUUGAGUCUCUUUCUUGCACUCUCUCCUUUCCCAGGGCUGAGACGUUGUUUACUAUCUCUUUUAUCUGCUAGCGGCUCUUACCUUCCUUCACCAACAUCAUCUCUCCUUUUCUCGACCUCUGGGGACAAUCCAGUGCCUUGAGAGGGCUUUUGCCGGGAAUUUUGGAUUCCUCCAUAUACAGUGGCAGUGUCCUGAAUGACCAUGGCUGCUGGGAGAAGCUGAGACAGGAAGGUGAGCACCGUCCUGUUCUGCUUGGCCUCCUUCCGUGGCAGCUGGUUAUCCGCCGUGGGAAGGAAACGCCCGGCCCACACGCAUCUUUGAUCCAAGUUCCUGGGGCAAAGACGGACAGGACAGGCGUGUCCCUGGUCCCCCAGCAAGGCCAAUGUUGCAUUCCGUGAUAGAGAGCGAGACUGGGGUGUUCGCAGGGUGUGGUGGAAAAAGUCAAGAUGGCAGCCAUGACCCGGCCAUUGCCACUCUGGCCUUUGUUUUGGCAGAAAAACAGGCAGAGCUUCAGACCCACAUUCAAAGUGGGCUGCUUCUCUUCACCGCAUUUCCCUGUUCUCUUCCGGUCUGGCCUUUGCCCUUUUUGGCCACUGCACUGGUCUGCUCUCCAAGCAAAUCAGCUGGAGGACUGCCCCUUUCACUCCAGCUGGCCUCCUCCUCCUCCUCUCUUUUCCUUCUCCUCUUCCUUCUUCUAUUUCUCCUCCUCC